UGUCGCUCGACGUGCUACUGCUAGAGUAGAAAAGAAACGCAAACCUCACUUUUUGUGUGCUACCUACGCUACCUACUGAUUCCCGAAUUCAGAAUUGGCUUCCAAGAAAUCAAUGGACUGAGAAACCAUGGCGUCUACCGUUGAGCCAUGCGAGUCUAAUUCUGCGGGGUUAUCUUCCCUUUCUACUACCAUGGAGAUGUUCGAUACAUUCAAAUCUUCCCUCAAAGACGACGAUAAAGAUUCAGAUGAAGAAAGCUUCCAUCUUCCUAUGUUGGGCUGUGAUGAUGAUACGGAUAGCAUUAAUAAGGAUAUAUCAGGUACCAAUACUCCGAUUGCAGAAAACGAAGACGAUAUACUGAACAAGUUCGAAACUAUAGCCACACCAGAUCUGGAUCCUAAGAUAGAGGAGAGUAUACUGAAAGAUAUUGAUGAUGAGAUUCUCAGUACAAAUCAGAAUGAAAAUACCGCGGAUAAAAAGACUGAAAGUGACAAGCUGUCAAACAUCGCCACAGAUAGUGUAGUCGAAAAUGAGAACGAAAGUGAUGAGAGUGCAACUAAAGGAGAUAUAUUCAGAGACUUAGAAAUUGUUGACGAACUAGACGGUGACGAUAAGGAUUAUAAUAAUGAAGCAGAAAGUCUAAUAGAAAACAACGAUGAGUCUGAGACAAAAGACUGCCAGGAUAACAUUGAUGAAAUAAAUGAAUCCGCACAAAUUGAAGAUACUACGGUUCCUAAAGAUGAAGAAGUUAACGGCGAAGAAAAGAAUACAGAAGAAAACAUUGCUGAUGUUGAGGAAACUCAGAAAAUUUUGGAAACGGAAGCGGAUGCUAUGGCAACUGAAGAUGCUGAAGAAGAAAUGAAUAACUCAGAAAAUGAGAAUGUGAUGUCAGUAGAAGACGAAUCUAAAACGGGUGAUGGUAAUCCAAAUGAGGAUUCGAAGAUGGGUGAGGAAUCGAUCAAAGAAGAUACAUCAGAGCAGAGUAAAGUGGACCUCAGAGAAAUCACUGAUGAUAAUGAUUCGGCUGAUCGUCCAAAGGAUAGCGAAGAAUCAAUGAAAGAAGAUGCAAUGGAACAUUGUGAUACAAGCGUUGACGAAGAUGAAUUGGAAAAGUUCAAACUUCGAGUUGAUGAAAAUGUCGAGGACGAAUCAAUAAAAAAAGAUGGAAUGGAACAGGAUGAAACAAAUGUUGAUGAGGAUGGUUUGGAAAAAUUCAAACUUCAAGAUGAAAAUAUCGGAGAUGAUAAUUCAGCUAAAGACUCAAAGCAAAGUGACCAAUUGAUUCAAGAAGAUGCAUCUGAACAUAAUAUAGCGAAUAUUGAUGGAGUUGAAGAACAAUCAAUGGAUGUGGAUGACCAAACAUCAAAGGAAGACAUGGCGGAGGGUAGUGAUGAAAACUGUGAUACUGAUGGCGAUGAAUCGCUGAAAAAAAUUGAAGAUACUGAAAUGAUUUGUGAUGAAGACGAUGAUAGCCUAUUGAAGAAUCUAGUAAAAGAAGUGAAUGAAAAACUAGAUGGGGAUGAAGAUGAGAUGAUGCCUGAUGUUAAAAUCCCAGAUGUUACAAUCGCAGAAACACAUGUGAAAUCGAAUGUUGAUGAUGGUACCAAAGAUGAAUUGAUUGAAGAAUUUGCGGAUACAAGCGGCAAUGUUGAAAACUCUCUUCCAGAUACAAUAGCUCCUGUUGAAAGCUCUCUUCCAGAUACAAUAGCUGCAGUUGAAAACCCUUCUUCAGAACCAAUAGCUUUAGUUGAAAAGUUUGUAGAUCCAAUGGAUACAGUGGAAAACUCUUCUUCAAGUUCAAUUGCUACAUCUUCAGAUCCAAUAGCUAUAACUGAUAAUCCUUCAGAUCCAAUAGCGAUAGCUGAACACCCUUCUUCAGAUCCAAUAGCUAUAGCUGAACAGACUUCCUUAGAUCCAUUGACUAUAGUUGAGCAGACUUCUUUAGAUCCAAUAGCUGUAACUGAACAAACUUCUUUAGAUUCAGUAGCUGAACAGACUUCUUCAGAUUCAAUAGCUGCAACUGAACAAACUUCUUCAGAUCCAAUAGCUGAACAGACUUCGUCAGAUCCAAUAGCUGAACAGACUUCGUCAGAUCCAAUAGCAAUAGCUGAACACUCUUCUUCAGAUCCAAUUACUAUAGCCGAACUCAGUUCUCCCAAUCCAGCUGGUUCAAAUGAAGAAAUCGGUAAUAAAAGUCCGGAAGAUACCAAUACAGCUGAUUUGGAGGAGAGUGCCAUGGAACUUGAUACGGUUGUUCCAGAAUCUCAACAAACAUCUUUGGAGGAGGUGCCAGAAAGUGUUGAAAUGUCAUCAGAAGUGACAGAUUCGGAAGUAAAAUCGGUACCAAAACAGUUGAAUGACACUAGCAAUGGACCUGAAGUGGAUGAGAAAGAAAAACCUUCUGAAGAUAAAGAGCAACCGUCAUCGAAAAUAAGCGAGAAAGAUGAGCAAACUGAACCGGAAACAGCGUCUAACAACUUGGCAUGUGACGACUUGUUGGACGUGUCUAUUAUCAGAGACUUAGAUGAAGAUAUCGCCGACGCUAUCGAAGAAAACACGGUUCAGUCUAGCGAAAAAUCUGAUAAUGAUGAUCAGGAAGAUGACAAGGCAGAUAACGAAAUCGACGAGACCGAAGAAUUAGUCAAUUCGAGCGAUAAGGAUGAACGCAUGGAUUCAGAGGAUGGAAGUAAUAUGUGCGAUCAGGAAACUUCUACAAAUGAUGAAGUAACUAGCGAUGCUGUCGUUGAUAGUGAGAGUAAAGAUGAUGAUGUUGUGAUGAAGGAAACUGAAGCGUUGCCAGUGGCGGCUAAGAAAACGAGUGUUGUUGAGAAUAAGGAUACAAUAGUGCAGCAGAAUAUACCAGAAGAGAAAAAAGAAGAGACCUUGAAAGAAAACAGAACAGCACUUGGUAAGAGAUCUUUAUCUGAUUCGGAUAAUGUAGAAAUAGCAAGUAAAAAAUUCAGACUGUCUGAUGUUGUAAAGGAUGAAAAGACUGCCACAGAAAAGACAAAGAAAGCCCCCAAAGGCAGCAAUCUCAAAACGCUUAUAUCAUUCGAAAACUUCAUGCAGAAUAAAAAGUUCAGCAGUAAAAAACUUACCAGAUCCGAUUUGGAACAAUUUUGCCUACAAAAAAUAUGUGAAGCCAUCAUGCACAAAACUGAUGUGGGGGAACUGCAUCAGGCAAUUAAGAAGCAAGAACAAAUCAUAGAUAAUCUCAGAAAAGACCUAUUACAACUUUCUAAGCAGGCUAGAGAUUUAGAUAUUGUAAAUAAGAAGUUGAUGAAUGAACUGAAAACUCAAAAUGGAACUAGAAAGCCAUUGGUGCCAUUGAAAAUCACUAGGUCUGUUGGACUUCAGGUGAAACUUAAUAUUGGCAUUGAGCAAACUCCUAGAAGGAAACAGGCUGUUGUUAAUACUCCAAAAACACCUACAACUCCGGCAAAUAAUGCUUCUGUACUUCGUAAUAGGAAUAUUACACCAGCUAAUUCUAAUGUUGUUAGACAAGUGCAUCAGCCGACCGCCGCCGCUGCCCCCGCUCCCACUCCUACCGCCUCCCACCCCGCUCCCACCGCCGCCCACACCGCUCCCACCCCUCCGCCCGCCCCCUCCCCUCGCAAGACGCCCGCCACGCCCAUCCUGUCGCAGGCGCUUCAACAGCGCGCAACGCCCACCAACGCGCCCAAGCGCCUGGCUGUCCGCCCCAAAACGCCCGCUGAGCCGCCCAACGCGCCCAACCCGGGCGUCAUCGAUCUGACGGACGAGGACGCGCCGCAGGCGAAGACGGCGCAGCAGCAGGGUGGGAAGACGGCACAGCAGCAGGGUGGGAAGACGGCGCAGCAAGGGGGGAAGACGGCGCAUCAGGGGAAGAUGACGCAGCAGGGUAAGAUGGCGCAGCAGGGGAAGACGGCGCAAGGGACGCCGGUCAAGAUACUCAAUAAGAAUAUGCCGGUGGUGCAACAGAGGACGCUCAAUGUCGUGCAGAGCAAGAACGGUGGGGCGAACAAGAUCGUCGGGCAGGCGAACGCGGGGCAGCAAGCGAAAGGCCCACAAAGGCCGAUGACCUCCCUGCCGCAGGGCGUCCGGCUGACGUCGACGCAGCUCAAGAACGGGCUGACGCUGCCGGCGGGCGUCGUGACGUCGAGUGCGUCGGGCACGCCUCAGCUGAUGUACGUCGUGCAGCCGUCGUCGCUGACGUCAUCAGCGGGCGGGACGCAGAAGGCGGUGCUGCUGAACUUCCAGCCCACCAGCCAGGUGCUAACCUCGACGAUGAACGGAUCGACGGUCUCGAUGCUAUCGUCCAAGGGCGCCAACACGGUCCAACUCAAAACCCUUGUUCCCCGCAAACACCCCGCCCCCUUGCCCCUACCCCCGCCCACGAUAAUCAACGCCUGCCUGAAACCGCUGCUCCCCAAGCCGCAUCUCAGCAUCCGAAAGACCGACACCGGCAUCAUCCUGCAAUGGCGCAUGCCCUACAACCUAGACGCGUACGAGGGCAUCGCCAGCUACCAACUGUUCGCCUAUCAGGAGACGAACGCUCCCCCCACCACCGACAUGUGGCGCAAGGUGGGGGACGUAAAAGCGCUGGCGCUGCCGAUGGCGUGCACUCUGACGCAGUUCGCCGACAAGAACAAGUAUUACUUCGCGGUGCGGUCGGUGGACGUGCACAAGCGGAUAGGGGCGUUCAGCGACCCGGAGGAGAUUUCCUUGUAAAUUUUAUUGUUCGACUGUGUAUCAUAUAUGAAUGUUGAUUUUUUUUUGUGUCGAUGCCUGGUUAAUUUUAGUAUAAGAGUACAUUUUUUUUAUUUAUGAAAAUAUAAUGAUAAGUUUCUCGAU